AUGUUUUAUAUAUUACUGGCUAUAUGUUUCGCGUUAUGGAUUAUUUACGAUCAGUGGAAAUCCAGAAGGAUAUUGAAACUGUCUCGGCAGUUAACAAAUAAGUAUAAAGCUUUCCCGAUUGUCGGCCAUGCUUAUUUGUUAAUAGGUGGUGAUACAGAACGUAUGAGCUCAUUGGCAGCUUUCGGAAACGAAGCGACAUUAAAUGGAGGCACAACAGGUCUAUGGAUUGGCCGUGAUUUCAACAUAGUUGUAUCAGAUGCCACCGUUGCCGAGAUAAUCUUAAAGACUUGCUUGGAGAAGAGUAAAAUGAUGGACGUACUUCGUCAUGUUACCGGCAAUGGAACUAUAUUUGCACCCUUAAGUUUUUGGCGACCCCGGCGUAAAAUCAUUGCUCCGAGUUUCUCUCCCAGAAAUCUUAGACAAUUUGUCCAAGUUUUUGCCAAACAGAGUAAUUGCCUUAUAGAGAGACUAAAACCAGUAGUAGGCAGUGGCACAAUUUCUAUAUCGAAAUAUAUAACUACCUUUACCAUGGAGUCAGUAUGUGAGACUGUAUUAGGAGUGGACAUGCAAGAAGAUCAAAAAAUGUUUAUGAAUGCAUUGGAAGAGCUAUGUUGCUUAUCCAUUAUGCGUAUAUGUAACCCCUUGCUGCAAAUAGAGGCUAUUUACAAACUAACGUCUACUUACAAUACGUACUAUAAGCAAAAACAUACUAUUUGGGAUAUCGUCGAUCGGAUCAUUAAAUCUAAACAAAAAUAUGCUAAGAUGAACGAUAUGUCACAAAGAAAUAGUAUGGUUGGUGCAACGAAAGAAUACCCAAAAACGUUUCUAGAGAUACUCAUGGACUCAUCUAAUGAAACGAGUGGACUCACAGACUUGGAGUUGAGGGAAGAAGUGUUGGUUCUCGCAGUAGCGGGCACUGACACUUCAGCAGUUGGAGCUUCGUUUGUAUUGUGCAUGCUUUCACGCCAUCCCGAUAUUCAGGAUAAAGUUUAUAAGGAGUUAUUUGAAAUCUUCGGGGAUAGUGAUAGACCUGUUCUGGCAGAUGACCUUCCGAAACUCAAAUACUUGGAAGCUGUUAUUAAGGAGACGUUGAGGCUAUAUCCACCAGUACCUCAUAUUGUCAGGAAAGUUGAGAAAGAUUUAACACUUCCGUCAGGCGUCACAUUGGUUAAAAAAACUGGGGUCGUCGUAAGUAUAUGGGCGAUGCACCGUAACCCUAAGUACUGGGGUCCUGAUGCCGAAAAGUUUCAACCUAAUCGUUUCUUGAACGGCCGCACAUAUCACCCUUACGCUUUCAUGCCCUUCAGCAAUGGUCCACGAAACUGUCUUGGUUAUCAGUACGCGAUGAUGUCCAUGAAGACGGUGUUAGCUACGUUGCUGAGAAACUACAAGUUCCUUCCAAAGGCGAUGUCAUGUGAAGCUGAUUUGCAGACACCGUUUACUGUCAAGUGUGACAUCAUGUUACGAGAUUCGGAUGGAUUUCAGUUACAACUGGAAACAAGAAAUAAAGAAAGUCAUAUGUAG